UGAAAGAUGGUUGAGAAUUAUAACACUAAAGUACUUCUAUAUACAUUGAACACGAGUUAAGAAUACACAUUUCACUGACAUCAUUGUCGUUUUAACUUAACGCUGAAGAAGAGCAAAUUUGAAAAUGACGGAUAGUGUUAAUUGUUGUCCUCCACCGCUCAAUGUUCAGGAUUUUUUAUUCAAAGAGGAAAGUGUGGGCAAAAUAUGCGACGAGUUUCAAUACAUACCCACAGCCUCUAGUAUAAUUGCAGCCGAUGGAAAGCGUGGUUUGUUGUACAUAGGUCAUGAAAAAAAAUUGAUUGUCGUGAGACCAGGACCCGGCUCGAUUCCGGAAUGGAGAUUGGAGCUGGAUUUACCUCUGACAGCCUGCAGAGUUGAAAUAAACUGCGAUUAUACGUACCUGGCUGUCACUCUCAACGAGCCCAUGGCCAUAAUCUAUGAUGCUGGUUCUAUUAUGAAACACAAAUUAGACAAAUUGUACGAUAUCAGACUGUCCUCUAGCGCGGGACACAUCACUGUGUCAGACUUAAAAUGGAACCCAGCGAUACCAGAGGUACUGUGUUCUGUUACAAGUGAUCACACUGUUGGUUGCUUUCAAGUUAAUAAGGAUAAAGGCAUACAUAUCAUAGGAAAAGAAAAACCUUCCAAUUUAGAAGCGAUGUGUGUUUCAUGGAGCCCCAAAGGAAAACAACUGGUCAUUGGCUGUAAAAAUGGGGAUAUUGUUCAAUUGAAGCCAGAGUUGAAAGUAGCUAGACAUUUAACUGGACCGAAUCCAAGUGAAGGAGCGAUUGUUUCAAUUUUGUGGAUCAGCAAUUAUCAAUUUUGUGCGUGUUAUUAUCAUGACGGUGAGGAGCGCGUCACUGUAAUGAUUGUUGACGCACCAAAAGGCGUGACUGUCCCAAAGUUUACAAAUUACGAAGACAUUACGUACGGCGGUGGUCCAAGGGACAAUCUUUAUUAUUAUUUUGAAUACAUAGCUGAGUGGGGAAUCAUCGUUGCAGCUAGUACUCAUAGUUCGGAGUUGGCAGUUUUGGGUACUGCUGAUAAUGGAGCAACCUGGAAUCUGUGGCAACUUGUCGAGGGUGGCACAGGUCAGUUACCUUUAAAUAGAAAAAAAGGAACAGAGAAUUAUCCCGUUGGUAUCGCCGUUGACAAGACUAGCGUUCAAAAAUUACCAUGGGGUCCCGACAGCACGUUGCCAAACCCAGUUCCUAUUUUAAGAAUAAUUGUAACCAGUGGCCAAAUGUGCUGCUAUCACAUGGUUAAUUUGAAAAACGAAGCGCCAGUUAUUUGCUCACCACCAACUCAAAUAGUUUCCGCUCCUGUGCUUUCGACACCAAGUCUUGGUCCAGCCGAAGUAUCGUUCAAUUUACCUUCAGGAGCCACCAGCACACCACAAAAAAGCCUUGUUAGUCCACAAGUACCACAACCGGAUAGAAUAAAAUUGACAAACACAACAAAUACGUUUGCCGAGGCUCCCAGCUUUUCGUUUUCAGGAUUGGGAUUUAAAUUAACUCCUGAACACGGUCAAAUGACAAAUCAGCCAAAAAACAUUGGAUUCGCUGCACCAACCGAAACUAAAAUAACUACUCAAGUAGAUGCAAAAAAUAAUUUUAUGCAGCAACCAAGUACGACAAAUAAGCAACAACAGCCAAUGUUUGCACCACCACCACCACCGAUUCAACAGGGCAAACCAGCUGUGCUGCCAAGUGCGAAACAAUCGUCUCCCAACACAGAGGGAAAAAUUUCGAGCAUCCCUCCGGCGUCAGCACAGACCGAACUAAAACUGCCAAAAGAAUCAGCUAAAGAAGAGUCGCAUUCGAUUUCCCCGUCCAAGCAAACAGCGCCCGUCUAUGACGAUGAAAUUUGCUUGCAGGCUUUUCGCGAAGAACAGUCUUUAUUCGAAACGGAGCUCAAAGCGAAACUCGAGAUGCCCUCUUGGAGUUGUGGGACCGACGAGGAGCGUCAACUGCUCGUCAAACGAACCAACGAGAUGGAAGAAUUUUUCAAAGAGCUGCAAGAUACGACUACAAGUUUAGAAACGGAUGUAUCGUAUUUAAAGUCCCUGUUGUUGCAAUCAUUUGCCUGGCUGGAGGAGAGCAAAUCAAAACGUUGUACAAACACUAAUAAUCUUACCGGUCCAAGUCGCAACGAGAGCAACAAACUCGCGGAACUCGAGCGCUUGUAUUAUUUUACCCAGAUGCAAUUGACUCAGACGACAAAAGCACUAGACUUGGAAUGGGACGAUUGCAAAAAUCAUGAGCUUUCCAAGAUGAAGUUGCCUACUACAGAAAUGAUUUUGAAGAGCUUGAUGAAACAAAAUCAAAUUAUUGCCCAAGAAAAAGCGACUAUAGAGGAGUUGACGAAAAAGUGGCGCAAAAUAACUCGUGGUGGUGGCAGUACACUUGACGGACUGACCGUCUUGGAUCGAUCCAUGGCCAGCUUGAAACUGUCCCAUCAGACAUCCAAUACAACGCUCAACGAUUCUGCAAUGGAUUUGCGAUGUAAAUUCAUUACGGCCGCUUCUCGUAAAUUCAGCAGGGUAAAGCAGGCUAAGCUAAGGGAUUUGCUAGCUGUUACCGAGCCCAAGGUUAUUUCAGCAGUCAAGCCAACUGCUGUACAAGAUCGAUUGCAAGCGACAUUAUCAUCUUUAGCUUUGUCAAAAGAUAUUCAACUGCCCCCCAACUCCAAACAGGGCAAGACUUUUGUGGAAGCUCAGCAAAUGUCCAAAUCGAAUCACACGCGUACCUCGCCAGCUGAUGGGGUGGCAAUUAAGACGACGACACCGACGACAACGUCGAUGAUGAGGGGAACCAAGUCAACUACCAACCCACUCUCGUCGCUAGACAACUUGGUUACUGGACUGGGAGGCACAGGUAAUGCGCCGAACAUCCUGAACAAAUCACCGAGUGCCACGAUGUCGUUUGCAGCUACGUUGCCUGGGUCACAGCAAAAAUCCGAGUCUUCGUUUUCUCCAGGUCCAAUGAACUACCUCCAGUGCCAACAACAGCAGCAGCCGUCGCACUCAGUAAUCAGUAGACCUUUCAACAUUGCUAGCAAUGAUACCCAAGUCUCGAGUCAAACCAAGGCUCCAGCUAGCGACACGAACUUUCCCUCGUUUUCCUUUAGUAAGGUGGGAGCUGAAACUCAUCUGCAGGUGACAACAUCUGCAACAGCAAUGAGUACCUCGGCCGCUCCCAUAUUUAAUUUCUCCGUGUCAACAACUGCUGCGAAUUUCGCAUCACUUAUCCCAAAAGUCGACAGCGUCCCAUCAGGGGUCGAAUUUUCAAUGGGUUUGAACUCAACAGUGAGUCAGUCGACCGGCUUGAACUUGAGCAAACCGUUCACGGCCCCGGCAGAACCACCAAAGCUGUCGCUCUCGUCGACGGCAACCAGCAGCAGUAGUAAUCAAGUCGAUACGUCACAGUCGGCUUCUGGACAAGCCAUAGGACAACAAUUAUCGUCAUUUGGAAAGACUGCCACGAGUUCUCCGAGCAGUCUUGCGUUGAGCCAAAGUCCAUCAUCCAGUACUGCAGCUACCAGUGCUCAGGGUUCGAGUACCUCAACGGUGACAACUACAUUGCCUACAUUUUCUUCUUCUGGUGGAAGUAGCGCCACGUUGGGAUCAGUGUCCAUCAUGACUCUGCCUAACAGCAGCCACCAGCAGUCAACCGCCUCCCCGACAAAACCGGCGGAAGCUGAUACUUUAACGACUUUGUCCUCCGCUCCGAACUUGGCCGGAUUACUGGGUGCAACAGCAUCGCUCAACUUUGGCUCGAUGGUAACUAGCUCGACUGCUAGUUCAGGCUCGCCAACUAUCGGUAACAUUUUCGGUAAUUAUAAAUCAGCAGCCAAAAACGAUGUUUCCAGUGCUUCUACGGUAUCGACUCCAUUAAGCAGUGGCGUGGUAACCGCCACUGCAAACGCUACAUCGAUAUUGGGUGACUUCAAUAAACUCGCGACACCUGCAACUUUGGAAGUGAAAAGCCAGUUGGCCGUUGGUAGCAGCAACAGCAAUGACAAUGGUAAUAUUUUCUUUAGCUCAAAGCCAACAACAACAGCUACACCGGCAACCACAACUCAUAGUUCUUCGAUUUUUGGGACUCAUUCGUCGACCUUAAGCCCUUCAUUGUUUGGUGGAAGAACUGCAACUGCUGCGACAACUACUACGACACAAUCUAGCAGUGUGUUUGGAUCUAGUGCUACAACUCAAGCUGGUAGUGGUGCUUCGCUUUUCGGAGGCAGUACUACAACAACCUCCAGCAGUGGAACUUGUGUGUUUGGAACUAGUAUCGUAACACCAAGUAGUAGUGGAUCGUUAUUUGGAUCAAGUCAAGUCACGCCAAGCACUGUAGGUUCGGUAUUUGGAUCUAGCUUAACGCCAAGUACCAGUGGUGGAUCGAUAUUCGGUAGCAAUACGACACAGAGCCCGUCGAUAUUUGGUGGUACUACAGCAGCUCAAAACACGUCCGUCUUUGGUGCGGUAGCAACAGCUGCUAGUCCGUUUGGAACAAAAGCAGCCACAACUGUAACAACCACAGCAGUUUCUCCGGUGUUUGGAGGAAGUAGUGCAGCAACAAGCUCACCGUUUACUGCUAUGUCGAGCACUUUGACGUUUGGUACAAGCGCAGCGACUCCAAAGAGCUCUGUCUUUGGUGGAACUGCCACCAUUGGGUCUUCGCUGUUUGGAUCAUCAGCUGCCCCCACUACGACAACAUCGAUAUUUGGUUCUUCGACAGCCACGAAUGUACCAUCACCAUUUGGCGCUCCGGUAUCAGCGACCUCAGCAACAUCGAUAUUUGGCUCGCCAACUACUACAGCAACGGCAAGCGGCUCCAUCUUUGGCGGUGCUGCAUCGCCUCAAUCCGUAUUCGGAGGUACUGCGCCCAGUGGCGGUUCUAUUUUUGGUGGUCCACCCGCGUUGAGUGGCGGCACUUCCAUGUUUGGAGGUACGGCCUCAUCUGGCACGAUAUUUGGACAGCCGACAACCUUUGGGUCGAAAUCGACGUUUGGAACUACCACAACUGGAUUUGGAAGUAGUGCCGGCUUUGGUGCACCUCCAGCUUUUGGAGCUACACCAAAUACAGGCUUUGGAAGUCCGUCAACUUUCGGAGCAACUUCCGCCGUUGGUAGUACGAGUCCAAAUAAAGUUUUCGGUAGCAGCACGUUUGAAGCCUUGGGCUCCCAAUCAGAUGGAUUAUCUUUUGGCAGUUUGGCCCAAAAAACUACAGAACAGCAAAAACCACAAGCAUUUCAGGGGUCAAGUUCAUUCUCAAGCUGGCGAUAACUACAUCCUUCGACUGUACACAGUUUUCUUAUAACAAAUUCUGUUGCAAUAAUCAAA